AUAGAAAAUAUAAACUUACCUCUCCCGGAGUAGAAGCGACCAUCAACAAACACCCCAGCCUCCUGGUCCCAGUACUCAUUCUGCCGACUCUGCUCUGUGCAGUCAUCUGGAGGUGGGAACCUUCACGCACACUGCACGUACCAUAAAGAAGAAGAAUCUACUGUGCUCUGUGGGAUUCCUGAAUCAAGAAUUUUGAGAACCUUGACGUUUGUGUGAACACCUAGCUUCUGAGCCACUUACGGGUCGCCAGGAAGCUUGUUGCAUUUGCUGCCAGCAGGGUUGUUUUUACCGUAAGGCAACUAUAUUCAAGAGAUCAGAUAGUUACAACGCCUGGUAUCCCAGGGAAGUUGAUAGAUUUUGUGGAUAAUUUCCAGCUAGAUCUUUGGGAUAACGAGCAGGGAGCGGGUUUGUUCAAGAGGUGUCGAGGAUUGGCUCCUGUGUGUGAUUUCUGGGCAUGGAAGGCUUCAGGCUCUUGCUCUGCCAGGGCACAAUACAAAGAUUUGCUUCAUCUGCUAUAUUUUCAACCAAAAUCAGUGCACAUCUUCAUGUAAUGGCAUCAGGUGGUCCAGUAGAAUCAACUCUGAGGAAUAAAUUGGAAGAGGCAUUGCACCCUACUCACAUAGAGAUUAUGAAUGAAUCCUAUAUGCACAAUGUACCACCAGGCUCUGAAACCCAUUUCAAAGUUCUAGUGGUGUCUGAAGCAUUCAAUGACUUAUCUCUGAUCAAGCGUCAUCGACUCGUGAAUGCUACACUGAGUGAAGAGCUCAAGAAGGGAGUCCAUGCACUGUCUAUUGUAGCACGAACACCUGCUCAGUGGGCAAAGGAACCUCAAGAAAUAGAAUGCAGUCCUGCAUGUCAAGGUGGCUUUGGCAAAUAAUAUACAGUAGUUGUAUUUAUGAAGAAUGUUGAAUUAUGAGAAGUCAGUAUGACUUGUAAACUUGUAUCACCCUCCCUCCCCAAUGGCCAAAACAACAAUAUGUAAUAUAAAUUUUCUGGAAUUCCAUAAAAUAUACUUUAAUUGCCAUAGCAUUAGUCUAGCAAACACAAAAUUUGUGCUCAGAAGCAAGUAUUGCCUCUGCCACCCGCCCACGUUGGAGAGUACAUUUGUACGUAUACUUUGAUCGUACAGUAUAUACACAUUAUUACGCAAGUAUUGGUAUAUUGUCAACUAAAUAUAUUAUCUGAUAUCAAAGUUAAAAUAAAUUAUUUACAAAAAAAACUUCAAGCUAACCAUUACCUCUAUACUUGUAACAAAGAAAAUUAAGACUGUAUUCGGUAGCUUAUUUGAGCAUCAGAGCCAUCCACUAAUGGCAGAGGUAACACUUCAUAAUCCUGAAUGGCUAUAUGGAAAAAUAUUAUUAUGUAUGACUGCAAACUAAUGCUCUCCCUUAGAUUUUUUAAUACUUUUGUCUAUUCCUGCAGUUUAGGGGUUAAGUAAUGUUAGCUGUAAUUGACACUUUUUAGAAAUAUUAAUAAAACUUAAAUUACCCUACAUAAAUCUUUAACUUUCUGAUAGACCAACAUCAUCUAUGUACAUAAAAUUUGAUCUAUCACAUUUAUGCACCAAGCUCACACACUUAAUAUUUUAAGCCUGACCUCCCUCAUGACUUUGUUCACUAUACAGGUAUAUUUAAUCAUUAAGAUGUUACACAACCCUGCCAUUAAUUUCAAACCCAUCACUGAUUUAACCAUUAACUCUUUCACAUGAUCUACUUUCUUCAUUAACUCUUUGCUUCAUAUAACAAUUCUACCAACUCCAUACAUGCUCAUCACUCUCCAGACUCCCUAUUAACUUUAAUCAUGUAUACCUUACAAUCUUUCUCACAUGCCUUCCCCAAUAGUAGUUUCAAAGCAAAUACAGUACUGUUCUAUAUAUGAUCCACACGGUCUUUUCCACCAAAGAAGCCACCUUUUUCAUCAACAACCAACUUCUUGCUUAUUUUCUGUAUUCUUCCAACCAAUAUUUUGCUACACACUUUAUUCAACACAGUAGAUUAGUGCCUUUAUUAAUGCUAUUUUAAUACAAUGAUACAAUCUCAGUUUUAUUUUGUGUAUAUCCAGUUAGCCUCUGUACAACUUUUCCACACCAGUCAAAUUCUCCACAUUAUAAUACUUUUUCUUCACAUUUAAUAUUUAUGUAACAAUAUCAACGACACCUGGAACUAUCCCACAUUUUACCGACAGCAAUAUCUUGCACUAAUCUCAUAUCCUAAAAACCAAUCAUUUUGACAUUUUCACUCCUUUUACAAAUUUCAUUCAUCAGGUUUUCAAAGUAUUUUCUCCACCUAUAUCUUGCUGCUACUUCAAUUAACAAUUUCCCGUGGUUAUCUCUAAAAUUUACACUGGCUAUUCCACCAAUCUCCUUUAUCCACUUCCCUACAUUUUUACACAAGUGCUUCCUGGUUAGUUGUUGCCUUAACUCCUCAUAUACUCUCAGUUGUGCUCUCUUCAUUCAUACUAUUAUCUUCUUGCCUCUCAUUUUCCUGUCACUGUGUAUCUAUAGAAUCCCUUUGUCCUUAUUUUUUCUACUUUCAUAUACAUACAGUACAUAGUUCAAGUGACCUUUUAAUUUAUAGACUGUACAUAUGUAUACAUACAAUUUAUAUCUGAGUAAAAGUACAAUACUUUUACAAUACUUUUAAAAGUACAAUACAAUUUAUAUCUGAG